GCAGAAAGUGGAUUUUUUGUAUGCGAUUCUUGACGCUCUGAUCCAAACCAGACUAAUAACAUGAAUCAACAAGGUCGAGAAUUCGCGAAAAUCUUCGCACAGCAAGUCAAGAACUUAGGACACACCAGUGGACGACCUGGUGGCUCUGGAGGUGGUAAUUUUGGAGGUGGACCUUCGGGGAUCGGGAAAGCAUUGGGGGGAGCAGGUGGUUUGAUGUUGUUGGGAGGUGCUGCCUUGACCCUGAAUUCAGCUUUGUUCAACGUCGACGGUGGGCACCGGGCGAUCAAAUAUACCAGACUUCAUGGAGUGAGGCCCGAUGUAUAUAACGAGGGAACACAUUUUGUGAUUCCAUGGUUCGAGACUCCGAUCGUGUAUGAUGUGCGUGCCAAACCUAGAACGAUUGCUUCCUUGACUGGUACCAAAGAUCUACAGAUGGUCAAUAUCACUUGCAGGGUCUUGUCACGGCCGAAUAUCGAAUCACUGUCAACGAUUUACCGUGAGCUGGGGACCGAUUAUGACGAGCGAGUCUUACCCAGUAUUGUAAACGAAGUUUUAAAAUCGGUGGUCGCCCAAUUCAAUGCGUCCCAGCUUAUCGGUCAACGAGAGAUGGUAUCUCGACUAGUGCGAGAAAACUUGACACGCCGGGCAUCAAGAUUCAAUUUGGUUCUCGAUGACGUCUCCAUCACCCAUGUCACAUUCUCUCCUGCAUUUAGUGAAGCGGUUGAAAGUAAACAAAUUGCACAACAGACUGCACAACGUGCUGCCUUCUUGGUAGAUCAAGCGAUUCAAGAGAAACAGGCUACAAAGAUUCGCGCGCAGGGUGAAGCUCGAAGUGCAGAACUGAUUGGUGAGGCUGUUAAGCAAAACCGAGGUUUCCUGCAGCUCAGACGUCUUGAGGCUGCUCGUGAUAUCGCCACGGUAGUUGCGGGAAGCGGCAACAAGGUUAUCUUAGAUUCGGACACCCUGAUGCUAAACGUGAACGACGAGUCCUUGAGUCGCCAGAAAAAAUGAAUGAUAACAUUCAACUUUUAUAAUGUAUCCAGAAUGUACGGUCACCGUAGUGGUUACAAUCACAGAUGAGUCAAAGUUACCCACCAGUACCCACUAGCCCGCUUGAACAAAAAACCCCUACUCUUUCCUUGAGGUCUGGAUCCGAAUUCACGCUGUCUUCCAUGUACCAUGCCCGUUGCGAUAACUUCUAUUGAAAUACCUAGUCAUUAUAGCUCCCCACCAAAGAAUGAGGUCACCUUGUGACUUGACCAUAUGUAUAUCAAGAUGUUGCUGAACAGAACAGCGAUGCAUGCCAAUAACAAUAAACUUGACUGAUGCAGUUGGUUCUGAUGGAAAUCCU